AUGAGGACAUGGAAUGAACCCUUAUCCUUAGUCCGGGAUGCCCUCCAGUCCUUCGUUACCACCAUCCGAUCUGAUUCUGUUCCGCCUGGUUCAGAUGACAAUAUUUCGGCCAGCCCUCAACCCAAUGCCUCCGUGUCGCAACUACAUCGGGCUCAGAUGCCUCCAAGUCCUCCCAGGAAGUAUCUGACCAGAAACGUCAAGGAUUAUCUGCAGGUCAACGACAACGUUCCCUGUGACCCCAUCGAGAUCCCAAGUGAUGAAGACGGUCCGCCUCCUUCGCAUGACCAGAAAACAAAGUCCCCUUCCCGAAUACCAAUCCAACAGGCGCGCACGAAACCAACGGAGAUCCAGGUCAAGAGAUCGGAGUCUAGAGACGAAGCGAGGCUUCUACCUACAUUGACCAAGCGAGAUCCGGGUGCGGUGACGAUACCAGACCCCAUGAAGGCGAAGCGAUUUGCGCAGAAACCUGGUUACAAGGUAGUGAAUACUCUCGAUGUUACGAAGGAAGGGACAAGAUCACGUCACAUUUAUGAGAAGACGACGAAUAUCAGAAACCCGGUUGAUGACAAUAGCCAUGCCCACCCCGUUAAGAAGCGGAAACUGGACAACAAUCACUCUCCCGAUGAGCUUAGACUCAGUCCAGAGCCUUCAAACGGAAGGAUUGCCAGGUCUCGCCGGGGCUCUCCACGAGUGAUUGUUUCUGUCCCCAAGUAUCGACAACCCGCCCACGAUGGUACGCAGGCAGAGUCCCAGUAUGAUUCUCGGUCUUCUGUCGACGAAGGUGAUUUUACGAAAGGCGCUGCAAGGGAGAGAAAGGCCCUGAAGGACAGGAUACUUGACAGCUCGCCCUCGACAAUGUCAAACACUGCGCGGACAGCCACAGUUUCUUCGCCUUACUUUGAAACAGGAGAUACGCCUUCACGACCUUUGCGUCAUAAAGUUCUGUACCGUGAUAGCCCUGAUGCCCUACAGGCCGACCCGCCGAUGCUACGACAGCGCCAGCUCCUGCAAUCCGGCACGUCUGCGGAUAGCUGGUCUAUCAAGGAUUUGGGUGCUUUAAUUGUGGGCAAAAGGCACAAGGUGGACACGCCAAAGAUCGGGAAUUCUGCCACCAGGCAAGCAGACAAACGCCGGAAGUCAUUCAAGUUAGAGGAGGUGAUCCAUCCAAACCUUCCGGACGCCAACAUCUACGUCGUCGAAGUACACUCUGACUCCAAAGAAAUAACUUUCAAUACUGAAGAACGGAUGUUGGUCGAUGAACCCGUGCUCAAAAAGCCCCGGCCGAUAUCCAAAAUUAGCGAAGUCAAGCAUGGCACCGACGAGAGUCGGGUGGUGCUUGUGACCUUUCUUCGCCAAGAAUCUUAUGAGGAUAAGAUGUUUUUGAGAUUUCAGUCGCAUAAAGCAGCCAUCGACUUCGUGAAUGCGUUGCAGCAAUGCGCAAGCGACAUCAAAGUGCAAUGCAAAUCGGCUGAGUGGAUGGAGACGGCGUUUGCAAAAGCGAGACAGGAUCAAGCCAACUACGAUUCUUCCAAACUCCGCUCGGCCGGGGCAGCGAAAGAGGAAGUGAUCCCGACCAAGCCUUCAAAGAUACAGUCAUCAGCGCCAAACGGAGAAAAGCACAUUCGCCAUGUUGAUCGACUCGAUCCACCUCGUCCAACUCCCAAGCCGCCUACCGUGAUCUCAGGUGCGGAGCGACGUGCUUUGGGAGAGCUAAAAGUUCCCUUGCCUCGGGACAGCACCGUCGGAUCUCGACAUGGACAUUCUCUGGACAAGAAUCUGGACAAGGUGCUCGAGCCUCGAAGGGUGACCCGUUCACAUGAUAACAGAAAGAUCACCAGCGAGAAAUCAAUCGAAGAGCUUCCGCCGAAACGACGGCCAUCGGCAACUGAUGCACUAGGGGAAGCCUGGAAAAAGGACCUUGUAUACCCUGGCCCAGGGAAGAAAUCAGCAACUGUUCCUUUCGAGGAUCUAAGACGACUGGAUGACGAUGAAUUCCUCAACGACAACCUGAUAUCUUUCUUCAUGCAAUAUCUAGAGACGUACCUGGAGCGGAGCAACCCGGAGCUGUACCGGGACAUGUACUUCUUCAAUACUUACUUCUACGAAGCACUCACCAAGAACGUCAAGGGCAAAAAGGGCAUCAACUAUGAUGCGGUUAGCCGAUGGACCAAGAACAUUAACAUCUUCAAGCGCAAGUUUGUAGUUGUGCCUGUUAAUGAGAAUUUCCACUGGUACCUCGCCAUCAUCUGCAACUUGCCCUACUUUCUCCCCAAGGCUGAAAGUGACGGUGAAAACGAAGCGCGACAUGGUCAUCAGAUUGAAGUUGUGGAGGAUUCUCAGUCAAGUGACCGCCACAGCGAAGGAACUGGAGAUGCGCCCACUCAAGCCACAGAAGCAACACAGAAAUCUUUGGCUGAACUAUCGCUCAGUGACUACGACGAGGGGAACAGUUCGAGUAUAUCCAAAGGCCAACCUAAGAAGGGUCCAGGACGACGCAAGGCACCUCGAAGAUCACUGCCCAAGUACGACGUUGACAAACCCAUCAUUAUCACUCUGGACUCGUUGGGCUUGUCACGCUCAGCAACAUGUUCACUCCUACGACAGUACGUUGUCGCAGAGGCCAAAGCCAAGCAGGGUCUAGACAUUGAUGGGGCAGAAUUGAGAGGGAUGACGGCGAAGGACAUACCUACGCAGAGCAAUUUCAGCGAUUGCGGUCUCUAUCUGUGCAUGUAUCUGGAGCAGUUCGUGGCAAACCCGUCUCAAUUUGUCUCAAACAUCCUUCGGCGGGAGGAAGAGGCCCAACAGUGGCCUCGGAAAAUCCGCAGUGAAGACUUGAGGUCCAGACUCCGCGAGUUGAUCUUGGAAUUGCACCGACGGCAAGAAGGUCAGAAACCAACCGUCGAACUCCCUGAAGUCGGCAGCAUCAUGAUUGAAAAGAGGAAGCCUUCGCCUGCACCACUGUCAGCAGUUCACGAUUCAGGAACGAAACGGAGCAAACAGGAGAUAGCAGAGGCACGACAGCGAUUCCAAGAUGUGGCAGAUGCACGUCAUACUGUCCGUCAAGAAGAAUCAUCUACCCGGAAACCCGAUGACAAACGAAGCGACCCAUACGAAGCGGAAACUCCGAUCAUCAUUUCCACAGAAAAGGGACCAAGAGAUUGCGGUCUACGCCCUGUCAAGCAUGGGGCUCAUGGCACGCUUCAACUUGAACGAGACAAGUCGGGUGCAGAAGUCUUGAUAACAGCGUCGCCUCCACUCGGUGAUAAUCAUCGUUCAGGUGCCGACUCGGCUCGAACCAAAGACAAAAUUGCAACGCAUUCUUCUCCUGCUGAAUUGGCCGCAGAUCUGCGCCAGCGGAACGAGACGAGAGACGCGGGAAAGCGAAAGCGACGCUCAAGCAGCACUAGCAGCAGCGACGACCACUUCAAUAACUCAGAGAGGAGAAACGUCCAGUCUAACAACGCUUCGACCGAGUUCCUGUCCGGACUGGAAAGCUAUGCUCUGUACGACCGUUCUUCGCCCUCAAUGCAGACCCAUCGUCAGCUACGAGAUACCAAGAGUCAGACUGUUUCUCCACUGAAAACUCGACACGGACAUCUCCAGCCUGCCCACGCGACCACGAAGGUUUUGGCGGAAGUAACCGAUGAUUCUGACGAGGACGACGACGACGAUGCGGUUGUUGUUGAGAUGCGGCAUCAUGAUGAAAGUGGUGACAGAAGAAGAAAACGAAGACGAAACGACGAUGAUUUGCUUGUGGCUGGCCAAGCGAGGGGACAGAAGGCCCAGUUCCAAAACAACAACCACGAUUCUGAGCCAGAGGUGCCUGAGACCCAGGAGACGAGUGGCAGUAGUACGGACAGUUCGGAGAGUUAUGGGGAUUUGCGUGGUCAUGGACACCAGAGGAAAGACAUGCUGGAUGACGAGGAUACCAAGGAGAUGUUAUUGCGUUGA